GUCAGUGCUGUGGUUGAGGGGUCCAACUGAGCCUGGAUCAGUGCUGGAGGAAGAAAGCAGCCUCUGUAAGGAUUAUGUUAAGAGAAACCUGAGGACAGUCCUAUUUUUCUAAAUGUCUGCGUCUUCUCACAUGGAUUAUGCCAUGAAGUCUCUCAGCCUUCUGACUCCAUCCUCCCUGUCUAAAGUGGUCUCGUCGAGCGUCUCGGCCAGCGCCUCCGUGACCUCUCAGCUGCUCUCGGGUCGAAUGCCUCGACCAAAGCCCUUCAGGGUAACGAAUGGGGACCGCAGCGUGAAGAAGGGGAUUAUGGCAGAGAGUCUGCUGGACCUGACGAGUAAGGUCGGUGACUCUUUCAGUUUACAGUGCAUCAGCGCCUUGGUUCUGGAUGAAGAUGGCACCGGUGUGGAAACCGAGGAGUUCUUCCAAACCCUGUCAGAGAACACGGUUCUCAUGGUCCUGGAGAAGGGACAGAGGUGGACUCUACAUCCUAACAGCCCGUGCAGACUUCAGUCCAUCGAACGCCACCUGCAGCACCGCACAGAUGUGGCCAAGCUGACCUUCGACCUCUACAAAAACAACCCGAAGGAUUUCAUUGGCUGCCUGAAUGUGAAAGCGACGCUGUACGGCGCCUACACGGUCUCGUACGACCUGCGAUGCUACGCGGCCAAAAAGAUGCUCAAGGAGGCUCUUCGAUGGACCAUCUUCUCCAUGCAGGCCACGGGCCACAUCCUGCUGGGCUCCUCCUGCUACAUCGAGCAGCUGCUGGAGGAAGAGGAGCAGGCUGAGAAGAGGCUGGCGCUGCCACAGGAGAGCAGGAUCAGGCAGCUCCAGAGCCGGCUGCUGGGGAAGAUCUCCUACUGACGAUGCUCCGAGGACCAGAGCAGACGUGCCGUCUCCUAGAUUUGGGUCGCCGUGUUAGACGUCACGCGUUGGAACAGAUGGGCAAUUUGUAUCCGUUAGUUUAAUGCAUCAAACCCUUAAAGCUUUGGCACUCUUUUUGCUGUUACAGUUUGAAUAUUGAAGUCAACAGGUUGUUCCUGAGAAUGCGCUUGUACUUUCUGCUGUGUAAGUUGUUCCUAAGGAAACGUAAUAAAUAAAAGCACCUUAUUUUA